UGUUGGAGCGGCGGGAGGCGGCAGCAGCGUCAGGGAUGCUGUGGUGGGGGCGGCAAAAGCCGGGGCCGCUCGCCAAAGGGCCUCUGGCCGCGAAGUAGAUGGUGCCCAGAGGGUGGCGGCGGCGUGGAGCGACAGGCCUAGAGGCAGGGGACUGGGGUGGCGGCAGGGGUCCGGGUGGGGGUCCGAGCAGCGAGGCGGGCCCAAGGCCUGGACCCGGGUGGAGGACAGUGGAGGCAGUGUGGGGAAGUGGGGGGUGAUGGCGAGGCGGCAGCCGUGGUGGGGUCUCAGGGGGCCGACGACCCCGCUACUCCUGCUCCUUUCCCUCCUCUCUUUGUUCCCUCUUAGCCGGGAGGAGCUGGGGAACGGUGGGGGCCACGGCUGGGAUCCGGGGGUAGCUGCUGCUACGGGACCAGGGGCGCGGAUCGGCAACGGAGCCUUAGCUCUUUGUCCCGAGCCGCCCGGGGUCCGAGAGGAUGGAGAGCCUGGCCUGGGAGUCAGGGAACCUGUCUUCGUGGGGCUCCGAGGGGGAAGGCAAAGCGCCCAAAACGGUCGAGGGCCCCCGGAGCAGCCGGGGCUGGGAGCGGAAUAUGGGGUCAAGACAUUUGGCAGCCGCGGGCGAGAGACAGGACAAGGACCAGGGUCUCUGUUAUGCUGGCGCCCAGAGGUCUCCUCUUGCAGGCUGACAGGGCCUUUGCGAAGAGAUAGUCUGUCACCAGAGGGUUUGUCCCCAGGGGUCCCAGGCCCGGAGAACAAUCCUCCCUUCCCUUCGGACCUUCUGAUUCGGCCCCGUGGUUCUCAGCCUGUGUCCUCUCAGAGGAAUACUGGGAGAGGCUCCUCCCCAAAAGUGGGAACCACGCGCUGCUGCGGAGAACUGUGGGGACCAGGGCGCAGGGGUCAAAGCGAGAGAACAGCGACAUCCCGAGCGAGGAGGACAGGGUCGGACCGCCCUCCCGGGGCCGUGGGAUCUGGCCCCGGACUGGAUUCAGCACCUCGCACAGCGAGGACAGCUCCCGCGUCUGGUUCAGCACCGCGCGAGUCUCGGACAGCUCCCGAGCCGAAGCCCGAGCGCAUGCGCUCCCGAGCUCUCUUCCGCCUCCGCUUCCUCCCGCAGCGCCCCGGGCCGCGCCCCCCUGGGGCCCCGGCCCGGCCUGGAGCCUGGAGAGUACCUCUAGAGGGCCGGGCCCGCCCCCGUCGCGCCGCGAACCGCCAUCCACAGUUUCCGCAGUACAACUACCAGGCACUAGUGCCGGAGAAUGAGGCGGCGGGUACCGCGGUGCUACGCGUAGUGGCGCAGGACCCGGACACCGGAGAGGCUGGGCGCCUAGUCUACUCGCUGGCUGCGCUCAUGAACAGCCGCUCUCUGGACCUGUUCAGCAUCGAUCCGCAGAGCGGCCUUAUCCGCACAGAGGCUGCUCUGGACCGCGAGAGCAUGGAUCGCCACUACCUGCGCGUGACGGCGCAGGAUCAUGGCUCACCGCGCCUCUCUGCCACCACCAUGGUGGCCGUUACAGUGGCCGACCGCAAUGACCACGCGCCGGUAUUUGAGCAGGCGCAAUACCGGGAGACGCUUCGCGAGAACGUGGAAGAGGGCUACCCCAUCCUGCAGCUGCGUGCCACAGAUGGUGACGCUCCCCCCAACGCCAACCUGCGCUACCGCUUUGUGGGGCCGCCAGAUGCGCGCGCCGCCGCCGCUGAUGCCUUCGAAAUUGAUCCGCGCUCGGGCCUCAUCAGCACUAGCGGUCGCGUGGACCGCGAGCACAUGGAAAGUUACGAGCUGGUGGUGGAGGCCAGCGACCAGGGCCAAGAGCCCGGGCCGCGCUCCGCCACCGUGCGUGUGCACAUAACCGUGCUGGACGAGAAUGACAACGCGCCCCAGUUUAGCGAGAAACGCUACGUGGCACAGGUGCGCGAGGAUGUGCGCCCCCAUACGGUGGUGCUACGCGUCACAGCCACGGACCGGGAUAAGGAUGCCAAUGGACUAGUGCACUACAACAUCAUCAGUGGGAACAGCCGCGGCCACUUUGCCAUUGACAGCCUUACAGGCGAGAUCCAGGUGGUGGCCCCUCUGGAUUUUGAAGCAGAGCGAGAGUAUGCCUUGCGCAUCCGGGCUCAGGAUGCAGGCCGCCCCCCGCUGUCCAACAACACCGGCCUGGCCAGCAUCCAGGUGGUGGACAUCAAUGACCAUACUCCUAUCUUUGUCAGCACACCCUUCCAGGUCUCUGUCCUGGAAAAUGCACCCCUGGGCCACUCAGUCAUCCACAUUCAGGCAGUGGAUGCAGACCAUGGAGAGAAUUCCAGACUGGAGUAUUCCCUAACUGGUGUGGCACCUGAUACACCCUUUGUGAUAAACAGUGCCACUGGCUGGGUCUCUGUGAGUGGUCCAUUGGACCGUGAGUCUGUGGAACAUUACUUCUUUGGUGUGGAGGCCCGAGACCAUGGCUCGCCCCCACUCUCAGCCUCAGCCAGUGUUACAGUGACUGUGCUGGAUGUUAACGACAAUCGGCCUGAGUUCACCAUGAAGGAGUACCACCUCCGACUGAAUGAGGAUGCGACUGUGGGCACCAGUGUGGUCAGUGUGACUGCUGUAGACCGUGAUGCCAACAGUGCCAUCAGCUACCAGAUCACAGGAGGCAACACUCGGAAUCGCUUUGCUAUCAGCACCCAGGGGGGUGUAGGUCUGGUGACGCUGGCCCUGCCCCUGGACUACAAGCAGGAACGCUACUUCAAGCUGGUGCUAACUGCAUCUGACCGUGCCCUUCACGAUCACUGCUAUGUGCACAUCAACAUCACAGAUGCCAACACUCAUCGGCCUGUGUUUCAAAGCGCCCACUACUCAGUGAGUGUGAAUGAGGAUCGGCCAGUGGGUAGCACCGUGGUGGUCAUCAGUGCCUCUGACGAUGAUGUGGGUGAGAACGCUCGCAUCACUUAUCUCCUGGAAGACAACCUGCCCCAGUUCCGCAUUGACGCGGACUCAGGGGCCAUUACCCUGCAGGCCCCCCUGGACUAUGAAGACCAGGUGACUUACACACUGGCUAUUACAGCUCGGGACAAUGGCAUCCCACAGAAGGCAGACACUACUUAUGUGGAGGUGAUGGUCAAUGAUGUGAAUGAUAACGCUCCACAGUUUGUGGCCUCCCACUACACAGGGCUGGUCUCCGAGGAUGCCCCGCCUUUCACCAGCGUCCUGCAGAUCUCAGCCACUGACCGGGAUGCUCAUGCCAAUGGCCGGGUCCAGUACACUUUCCAGAACGGGGAAGAUGGGGAUGGAGAUUUUACCAUUGAACCCACCUCUGGCAUUGUCCGCACCGUGAGGCGGCUGGAUCGGGAGGCAGUGCCAGUGUAUGAACUGACUGCCUACGCAGUGGACCGAGGUGUGCCCCCACUCCGGACUCCAGUUAGCAUCCAGGUGACAGUGCAGGAUGUCAAUGACAAUGCACCGGUCUUCCCAGCUGAGGAGUUUGAGGUGCGAGUGAAGGAGAACAGCAUUGUAGGCUCGGUGGUGGCCCAGAUCACUGCAGUGGAUCCGGAUGAAGGCCCCAAUGCUCAUAUAAUGUACCAGAUCGUGGAGGGGAACAUCCCCGAGCUGUUCCAAAUGGACAUCUUCUCGGGAGAGUUGACGGCACUCAUUGACCUGGACUACGAAGCUCGCCAGGAAUACGUAAUUGUUGUGCAGGCCACAUCAGCCCCUCUAGUCAGUCGGGCCACUGUACACGUCCGCUUGGUUGACCAGAAUGACAACAGCCCUGUGCUCAACAACUUCCAGAUCCUCUUCAACAACUACGUAUCCAACCACUCGGACACCUUCCCCUCAGGCAUCAUUGGGCGCAUCCCAGCUUAUGAUCCAGAUGUCUCCGACCACCUCUUCUACUCCUUUGAGCGGGGCAAUGAGCUGCAGCUGCUGGUGGUCAACCAGACCAGCGGGGAGCUCCGGCUCAGCCGCAAACUAGACAACAACCGCCCACUGGUGGCCUCCAUGUUGGUGACUGUCACAGAUGGGCUGCACAGUGUGACCGCCCAGUGUGUGCUCCGCGUGGUCAUCAUAACAGAGGAGCUGCUGGCCAACAGCCUGACCGUGCGCCUGGAGAACAUGUGGCAGGAACGCUUCCUGUCGCCGCUACUGGGCCACUUCCUGGAAGGCGUGGCUGCGGUACUUGCCACCCCCGCCGAGGACGUCUUCAUCUUCAACAUCCAGAACGACACGGACGUGGGGGGCACCGUGCUCAACGUGAGCUUCUCGGCGCUGGCGCCCCGCGGGGCUGGAGCCGGCUCCGCGGGCCCCUGGUUCAGCUCCGAGGAGCUGCAGGAGCAGCUGUACGUGCGCCGCGCCGCCCUGGCCGCCCGCUCGCUGCUGGACGUGCUGCCCUUCGACGACAACGUGUGCCUGCGCGAGCCAUGCGAGAACUACAUGAAGUGCGUGUCGGUGCUGCGCUUUGACUCCUCUGCGCCCUUCCUGGCCUCCGCCUCUACGCUCUUUAGACCCAUCCAGCCCAUCGCAGGCCUGCGCUGCCGCUGCCCGCCCGGUUUCACGGGAGACUUCUGCGAGACGGAGCUCGACCUUUGCUACUCCAACCCCUGCCGCAACGGUGGCGCCUGUUCGCGGCGUGAGGGCGGCUACACCUGCGUUUGCCGGCCGCGCUUCACGGGCGAAGACUGCGAGCUGGACACGGAGGCUGGACGCUGCGUCCCGGGCGUCUGCCGCAACGGGGGCACCUGCGCCAACGGGCCGGACGGCGGCUUCCGCUGCCAGUGCCCGGCGGGCGGUGCCUUCGAGGGUCCGCGCUGCGAAGUGGCGGCGCGCUCCUUCCCGCCCAGCUCUUUCGUCAUGUUCCGCGGCCUUCGACAGCGCUUCCACCUCACGCUGUCCCUCUCGUUCGCCACGGUGCAGCCCAGUGGGCUGCUCUUCUACAACGGACGCCUGAACGAGAAGCACGACUUCCUGGCCCUGGAGCUCGUGGCUGGGCAAGUGAGGCUCACAUAUUCCACUGGUGAGUCCAACACAGUGGUCAGCCCCACGGUUCCAGGGGGCCUCAGUGACGGGCAGUGGCACACAGUGCACCUGAGAUACUACAACAAGCCCCGGACAGAUGCCCUGGGGGGUGCUCAGGGCCCCUCCAAGGACAAGGUGGCUGUGCUGAGCGUGGAUGACUGCGAUGCGGCUGUGGCUCUGCAGUUUGGGGCUGAGAUUGGCAACUACUCAUGCGCAGCUGCCGGCACGCAAACAAGCUCCAAGAAGUCCCUGGACCUGACAGGCCCUCUGCUCCUGGGGGGUGUCCCCAACCUUCCCGAGAACUUCCCCGUGUCCCACAAGGACUUCGUUGGCUGCAUGCGGGACCUGCAUAUCGAUGGCCGCCGAGUGGACAUGGCAUCCUUUGUCGCAAACAAUGGCACCGUGGCAGGCUGCCAGGCCAAGCUGCACUUUUGUGACUCGGGCCCCUGCAAGAACAACGGCAUCUGCUCAGAACGCUGGGGUGGCUUCAGCUGCGACUGCCCGGUGGGCUUUGGAGGCAAAGACUGUCGGCUCACUAUGGCCCAUCCCCACCAUUUUCGUGGCAACGGCACACUGAGCUGGGACUUUGGAAACGAUGUGGCCGUGUCUGUGCCCUGGUACCUGGGGCUGGUGUUUCGGACGCGGGUGAAGCAGGGGGUCCUGAUGCAAGUCCAGGCCGGGCCACAUAGCACACUCCUCUGUCAGCUGAAUCGGGGCUUGCUGUCUGUAACAGUGACCAGGGCCUCAGGCCGGGCUGCCCACCUCCUCCUGGAUCAGGUGAUAGUCAGUGACGGCCGGUGGCACGAUCUGCGGCUGGAGCUGCAGGAGGAGCCAGGUGGCCGGCGGGGCCACCAUGUCCUCAUGGUCUCCUUGGACUUCAGCCUCUUCCAGGACACUUUGGCGGUGGGGAGUGAGCUGCAAGGCCUGAAGGUAAAGCGACUCCAUGUGGGAGGCUUGCCCCAUGGCGCUGAAGAGGAGGCUCCUCAGGGUCUGGUUGGCUGUAUCCAGGGAGUAUGGCUUGGCUCCACGCCUUCGGGGUCCCCAGCCCUGCUUCCCCCAAGCCACCGAGUGAAUGUGGAACCUGGCUGUGUCGUGACCAACGCCUGUGCCUCUGGGCCCUGCCCUCCCCAUGCUGACUGCCGAGACCUCUGGCAAACCUUUUCCUGUACCUGCUGGCCAGGUUACUAUGGCCCAGGCUGUGUGGACGCCUGCCUCUUGAACCCCUGUCAGAACCAGGGGUCAUGCCGGCAUCUCCCGGGGGCCCCCCAUGGCUAUACCUGCGACUGUGUAGGUGGCUAUUUCGGGCACCACUGUGAACACAGGAUGGACCAGCAGUGCCCACGGGGCUGGUGGGGGAGCCCGACGUGUGGCCCUUGCAACUGUGACGUUCACAAGGGCUUUGACCCCAACUGCAACAAGACAAAUGGACAGUGUCACUGCAAGGAGUUCCACUACCGACCGCGGGGCAGCGACUCAUGCCUGCCGUGCGACUGCUACCCAGUCGGCUCCACCUCACGUUCCUGUGCCCCCCACAGCGGGCAGUGCCCCUGUCGCCCAGGAGCCCUUGGCCGCCAGUGCAACAGCUGUGACAGUCCUUUUGCAGAGGUGACAGCCAGCGGCUGCCGGGUGCUCUAUGAUGCCUGCCCCAAGUCCCUGAGAUCUGGUGUGUGGUGGCCGCAGACCAAGUUUGGCAUCUUAGCCUCAGUGCCCUGUCCUCGGGGGGCCCUAGGAUUGCGGGGUGCAGGUGCGGCCGUGCGGCUGUGUGACGAGGACCGGGGUUGGCUGGAGCCUGACCUCUUCAACUGUACCUCCCCGGCCUUCCGAGAACUCAAUCUGCUGCUGGAUGGUCUGGAGCUGAAUAAGACGGUCCUGGACACGGUGGAGGCCAAGAAGCUGGCUCAGAGGCUGCGGGAGGUGACCGGCCACACCGACCACUACUUCAGCCAGGAUGUCCGAGUCACUGCCCGCCUGCUGGCCCACCUGCUGGCCUUUGAGAGCCGCCAGCAGGGCUUCGGGCUAACAGCCACACAGGAUGCCCACUUCAAUGAGAAUCUGCUGUGGGCCGGCUCUGCACUGCUCGCUCCAGAGACCGGGGACUUGUGGGCCGCGCUGGGGCAGCGGGCCCCCGGGGGCUCCCCAGGCAGCGCCGGGCUGGUGCAGCGCCUGGAAGAGUACGCAGCCACGCUCGCAAGGAACAUGGAACUCACGUACCUGAACCCUGUGGGGCUGGUGACACCCAACAUCAUGCUCAGCAUCGACCGCAUGGAGCACCCCAGUCCCACCCGGGGGACCCGUCGCUACCCUCGUUACCACAGCAACCUUUUCCGGGGCCAGGAUGCCUGGGACCCUCACACGCAUGUGCUGCUGUCUUCCCAGGCCCCACGGCCGUCCCCUGCUGAAGUUCUGUACCCCAGCGGCAGCAGCAUGGAAAAUGCCACCACCUCGAGCGUGGCGCCCCCACCAGCCCCUCCAGAGCCCGAGCCCGAGCCUGGGAUCUCCAUUGUCAUCCUCCUGGUUUACCGCACCCUUGGGGGUCUGCUUCCUGCCCAGUUCCAGGCAGAGCGCCGGGGUGCCAGGGUUCCCCAGAACCCAGUUAUGAACUCCCCGGUGGUCAGCGUGGCUGUGUUCCAUGGACGCAACUUCUUACGGGGUGUCCUGGAGUCCCCAAUCAGCCUGGAGUUCCGCCUGCUACAGACAGCAAAUCGCAGCAAGGCCAUCUGCGUGCAGUGGGACCCGCCUGGCCCGGCGGACCAGCACGGCUUGUGGACUGCACGGGACUGUGAGCUGGUGCACAGGAACGGGUCCCACGCACGGUGUCGCUGCAGCCGGACGGGCACCUUCGGGGUCCUCAUGGAUGCCUCCCCCCGUGAGCGGCUGGAGGGCGACCUGGAGCUGCUGGCGGUGUUCACCCACGUGGUCAUGGCGGUGUCUGUGGCCGCGUUGCUGCUGACCGCGGCCGUCCUGCUGAGCCUGCGCAGCCUCAAGUCCAACAUGCGGGGAAUCCAUGCCAAUGUGGCUGCGGCCCUGGGGGUGGCUGAGCUCCUGUUCCUGCUGGGGAUCCACAGGACCCAAAACCAGCUGCUGUGCACCGCGGUCGCCAUCCUCCUGCACUACUUCUUCCUGGGCACCUUCGCGUGGCUGCUCGUGCAGGGCUUGCACCUCUACCGCAUGCAGGUGGAGCCCCGCAACGUGGACCGCGGCGCCAUGCGCUUCUACCACGCCCUGGGCUGGGGAGUGCCUGCCGUGCUGCUGGGCCUGGCGGUUGGCCUGGAUCCUGAGGGCUACGGGAACCCUGACUUCUGCUGGAUCUCGAUCCAUGAGCCCCUCAUCUGGAGCUUCGCCGGCCCUGUCAUCCUUGUGCUUGUGAUGAAUGGGACCAUGUUUCUCCUCGCGGCCCGCAUGUCCUGUUCCACUGGGCAGAGGGAGGCCAAGAAGACCUCUGUGCUGACCCUUCGCAGCUCUUUUCUGCUCCUUCUACUGAUCAGUGCCUCCUGGCUCUUUGGCCUCCUGGCGGUCAACCACAGCAUCCUGGCCUUUCACUACCUCCACGCUGGACUCUGUGGGCUCCAGGGCCUGGUGGUAUUGCUGCUCUUCUGUGUCCUGAACGCAGACGCCCGGGCUGCCUGGAUACCAGCCUGUCUGGGCAGGAAGGCAGCGCCCGAGGAGGCCAGGCCGGCGCCUGGGACGGGGCCUGGUGCCUACAACAACACGGCCCUCUUCGAGGAGAGCGGCCUCAUCCGCAUCACACUCGGUGCCUCCACCGUCUCCUCGGUGAGCAGCGCCCGGUCCGGCCGGACCCAGGACCAAGACAGCCAGCGGGGCCGCAGCUACCUCAGGGACAACGUCCUGGUUCGACACGGCUCGGCUGCUGACCACACCGACCAUGGCCUCCAGGCUCACGCUGGCCCCACUGACCUGGACGUGGCCAUGUUCCAUCGAGAUGCUGGUGGAGGCGCAGACUCCGACUCUGACAGCGACCUGUCCUUGGAGGAGGAGAGAAGUCUGUCCAUCCCAUCCUCAGAAAGUGAGGACAAUGGCCGGACGCGGGGCCGUUUCCAGCGUCCACUCCGCCGGGCAGCCCAGAGCGAGAGGCUCCUUACCCACCCCAAAGCAGACAUGGACGGCAAUGACCUCCUGUCCUACUGGCCAGCCCUGGGGGAGUGCGAGGCUGCUCCCUGCGCUCUGCAGACCUGGGGCUCUGAAAGGCGCCUGGGGCUGGACACCAGCAAGGACGCAGCCAACAACAACCAGCCCGACCUGGCCCUGACCAGUGGGGAUGAAACCUCCUUGGGUGGGGCCCAGCGCCAGAGGAAAGGCAUCCUGAAGAACCGGUUGCAGUACCCACUGGUGCCACAGACCCGGGGCGCCCCUGAAUUGUCCUGGUGCCGUGCAGCCACCUUGGGCCACCGCGCCGUGCCGGCUGCCUCCUACGGUCGCAUCUGUGCUGGGGGCACUGGCAGCCUGUCACAGCCCGCCAGCCGCUACUCUUCCCGAGAACAGCUGGAUUUGCUCCUGCGGCGGCAGCUGAGCCGCGAGCGGCUGGAGGAGGCCCCCGCCCCGGUCCUGCAUCCCCUGAGCCGGCCUGGUUCCCAGGAACGCCUGGAUGCUGUGCCAGGCCGCCCGGAGCCCAGGGAUCGGGGAAGCACCCUACCACGGCGGCAGCCACCCAGGGACCACCCUGGUGCCACAGCGGGCCGCUUCGGGUCACGGGAUGCGCUGGACCGAGGGGCACCCUGCGAGUGGCUGAGCACGUUGCCCCCGCCCCGUGGUGCCCGGGACCUUGACCCACAGCCCCCGCCUCUGCCCCUGUCUCCCCAGCGGCAACUCUCAAGGGACCCCCUCUUGCCUUCCCGGCCCCUGGACUCUCUGUCCAAGCGAUCGAACUCAGGGGAGCGGCUGGACCACACACCUAGCCGGCACCCCUCACGAGAAGGCCUUGGGCCACCCCCGCAGCUGCUCAGAGUCCGGGAAGCGCCCACCAGCGGCUGUAGCCACGGGCCCUCCACAGAGCAGCUGGACAUCCUCUCCUCCAUCCUUGCCUCCUUCACCUCCUCGGCUCUCUCCUCCUCCGUGCAGUCCUCAGGCACGCCCUCGGGCCCUCACACCACCGCCACCCCUUCUGCCACUGCCUCUGCGCUCGGACCCUCCACGCCACGCUCCACCACCUCCCACAGCAUCUCGGAGCUGUCGCCCGACUCAGAAGUUCCCAGAAGUGAGGGUCACUCCUGAGGAGCGGCUGAGCAGAAGAGGACCAGCCGGGGUCAAUGGAGGAUCUGGGCUAUCAAAAGAGACUCCGGGACUUGAGGGCCAAUCCCGGGGCAGCCUCCCACAACCCCGCCCCCAGCUCUCCCUGUUGCUGCAGCACCGACUGUCCAUGCUCCACUGUCCAUGCUCGUCUUUGAGUGUGUGCAAGCAUCUGUGAGCGUGUGCAAGCAUGUAACAGGCGCGGGGAGUGAGGGAGCUGGGGGGAGGACUUUUAUACGUUUUGUACCUUUGUAACCAGAGAGAUAUGCUUAUGUUAUUUUUCAUCUUUUCUGUCUCCCGGGGUUCUGAGGCUGGGCUGGGAGGGGGAGGGGGACAGAGGGGAAAGAGGUUCAGAGUUUGGGCCCAUCUGGGUCCCUGGCAAAUUAUUGGCUCUUUCCUCCCAUCUUAAUGGGGAGGAUUCAGACAGGAGGGGUAAAUGCACCCCCACCCCCCUAUUCCCUGGUUGAUCUGCAUACUGUCGGGGCCCCAAGUGCAGAAUUAAUCUUUGCUUUUGCUUGGAUGUCCCACAGGGCACACUUUGGGGAUUCGGGGUGGGGGGUGGUCUUGAAAACAGGGGUCCUCUGACCUCCUCACAGGGGCUUGCUCACGCUGCCCCUCCCCGUGGAUGUGUGUGUUUAUUAUGCGGAGUCCCUGCCACUUACUGCCUUAUGUCCCAGGACUGAUGCUGUGGGGCGCUGGUGGAUCAGCAGAUGUCAUGUUUACAGAUCUAGGCUUCCCUUCUCCCACAGGGAGAGGCUCAGGCCUCUAUUCAGACAUUCCUGCAGAGGGUGGACGGAGUCCUUACCGCCCCUGCCCCUGCCGUGUACAAAUGUCGUGGUGCCAUUGGGUUCCCUGACACUGCCCCCUGCUAGAAUUUAUUCUGAAGGGUGAUGUCGGAGGGGGAGCAAAGGGAGCAAAAACAAGGGAAUUAAAGACUCAGAAUGUAGGUGCCACUGCCUCCCAUGUUUACAGGAGCCUCCCUGGCCCCAGGCACCGGGCUGCAGGAAGUGACUCAGUUCCAUCGCUCCUUGAUUCCCUUGUAAAGGGAAAAACGACUGUUAGGACCCAGUUCACAAACUCUCCCUUUUAUUACUUCGUCUGAUGUCCAGAACUGGGGGCUUUGACAUUUUGUUACUUUGUUUACAGGUCAAGAGUUUAAAACAGUUUUUACACUUUGUUUACAGUUUAAAACUUUGUGAACUUUUACAAUUUGUUUACAGUUGAGAAUUUUUUCCCCCCUUUGUUUACAAGUGAAAGGUAGAGAAAGUGGGAGAGGGGCUUGGAGGACCCACCUUUGAGGACCCUGAAUCUGGUCAUCUUGAGGGGUUUCUAACCCCCUAGUCAUUCCAGGCCAAAGGUCAGCCCUGAGUCCCCUAUUGAACAGCAGGCCCAGAAGGCCCAGUGGUAAGAGUAGGCAUCUUCCUACCUACCACUGGGAACAGCGGCCAUGCAGGGCUGUGGAGGGUCUGUGCUGACACCCACCUCCUUCACGCAUACUCUUGGGAGGCAGUUUUCAAGGAGAUUAAAAGUUCUACUUUACUGACUGGUGCCAAAUCCCGCCAGCCAGGACCCCAGCUCUCCUUACCUAGAGUGACCCCAGCCCUUGAAGGGUUGAAGGGUCUGCUGCAGGGAGAGGGGGUUGUCCUUGCUAUGUCCUAGGUUCUGCAGUUGCCCCUCUCUGGGAGGGGGAGUCCCCCCUCCAGCCCAGUGGCUCCUUUUCCUGUCUGUGUAAAUUGUUCCGUGAAGCGGCGCUCUGUUUUGGGAAUAAACUUCUAUAGAAAAUG